CGCCAGAAGUGCUUUUGUUGACGGUGGUGUCGUUCGAUUGCUGGGAGGACUCUCGUCUUCUUGCGAGCUACGAUAAGUCUCCUCGGUUGUUGACUACGGAACGCGAGGGUUCUGUCCUCCGGUGAAAGCUAAGGAUGCAUUCUACCUUACGCCAGUGCGUGGCGAUCACGGGCCGGAGACUGCCGAUCGUCGUUCAGCAACGAUAUGCCUCGGAAGCUUCUUUCCAAACAAAGCCGUACAAACUGCACAAAAUCAAUGAGGACGGACCGUCCACCUCGGUCACGGUGACCGCCGAGGACGCAUUGAAGUUCUACAGACAAAUGGUGGUGAUCAGGAGAAUGGAAACGGCUGCGAAUGCGAUGUACAAGAGCAAACUCAUUAGAGGAUUUUGCCAUCUUUACUCUGGUCAGGAAGCCUGCGCAGUCGGAAUGGAGGCAGCGAUUCGGCCGGACGACGGUGUUAUAACCGCGUACCGUGCCCAUGGAUGGGCUUACGUCCGUGGGGUGCCUGUCAAGGGGGUCCUAGGUGAAUUGACCGGACGCAAUAUCGGCUGUGCACGUGGAAAGGGAGGCAGCAUGCACGUGUAUUGUCCCGGCUUCUACGGAGGAAAUGGAAUCGUUGGUGCCCAAGUCCCUCUGGGUGCUGGCGUGGCUCUGUCCUAUAAGUACAGGGGAACCGACAACGUUUGCUUGUCUCUAUACGGGGAUGGAGCCGCGAACCAGGGCCAGGUUUUCGAAGCCUACAACAUGGCCAAGCUGUGGAAACUGCCGGUGAUUUUCAUAUGUGAAAACAACGGUUACGGCAUGGGGACGUCCGCCGAGCGCGCGGCUGCUUCGACGGAAUAUUACACCCGAGGAGAUUACAUCCCUGGAAUUUGGGUUGAUGGAAUGGACGUCCUGGCGGUGCGGGAAGCGACGAGGUUCGCCGUUGAGAACUGCCGCAAGGGUAAUGGUCCAUACGUUAUGGAGAUCGCCACGUACAGGUAUCACGGACAUUCGAUGUCCGACCCGGGAACGAGUUAUCGAACCCGAGAGGAAAUCCAAGAAGUUCGCCAGUCCCGCGAUCCGAUCACUUCCUUCAAGGACAGAAUUCUUUCGGGAGGUCUGGCUACCUCGGAACAACUUAAGGAGAUCGACCAGGAAGUCCGCAAAGAGGUCGACGAGGCCACUGAACUGGCUAAGACAUCCCCCGAGAUCGGUCUCGAAGAACUGUACGGAGAUGUUUACGCAACCCCGAUUGAGACGAAGAUCAGAGGCAUCACUCCGUUCGACAUCCACGAUCAUUUACCAAUCAACAAGCCGAUAAAUAUUUAAUGUAGACGGCUCCCUUCUCUACACUAGCUCUGCGCUUUUAAUGAAGCGGUCCCACGGAAUAAGUUUUUCCAUCGCGCAGCUGAUGUGCAAGCAAGAUUUUUCCCCAUUAGUCAAAGAGCCUGGAAUAAAUUGAGCCUCGGUGCCCUCUCCAACUCGCUCACCCUCGUUACGGUCGAACCGGAGGCUUCGGGAUCCGCUCAGCCAUUCAUCCAGAACAAGGACUAGAAUUGCGGCGAUUCGCGAAAGCAUCGAGAUGGGCGAGCUAGCAGCUCCUCCCCACCCGCAAUCAUCAUGUAAAUAAAGCUGAGGAAAAGCGUUCGCAUCA